GAAAGAGCCAGACUUUAGAAAAACUGCGGAGACUCUGACAGGACGGGAGCGUUCUUGUCCUCAGUGGGGGAUAUUAAAGUUUUUGAAGUCGUUUCUCAAACCACAUGAGUGUCAUCGUUGCUUUUCUGACAUGUUGCUCAGCCGCUUUGUUGCUUUGUUCAUUUUUUACUUCACAGCUGGCUCUGGGACCACAACAGAUGACACCUACAAUGACUUUGCAGAAGAAGAGAACACUCCUCAACUUGACUACAAAGAUCCACAAUGGUGUCAUUCUCCGAGUCUACCCAAUGGGGAGGUGAUCUGCUACUCACCUCGAGGACCAUCCUACAGGAGCACGUUGGGCACCCGCUGUGAGAUGAGCUGCGAUCGAGGAUACCGACUGAUGGGGAAGAGCUCGGUGAACUGCCUGGCUAAUCGACGCUGGUCUGGGACCGCUUACUGCCGCAGGGUGCGUUGCCGUGUGUUGCACCUCAUUCCAUAUGGCAGAUAUACCUGCACUCAUGGCUUUAUGGUGGACUCCAGGUGUGACUUCACCUGCAGACCCGGCUAUCGCAUCGAAGGGGAACACUCACAGACCUGUCAGCCCAACGGUUUUUGGAGCGGAGCACACCCAGUUUGUUCAGAUACUGAUCCUCCAAAGAUCAAAUGCCCUCCAUCCAGACUCAAGGUCGCUGAGCCUGGAAAACUCACUGCUAUGGUGACUUGGGAUCGCCCCACUGCAACGGACACUGCUGAUAAAUCACUUGAAAUUAUAUUAGUAGGCCAGGAGCCAGGCACCGACUUUAAAGAGGGAGCAAGCAUCAUCCGAUACAAGGUGUAUGAUCAAGCCAGGAACAGAGCUGCCUGCAAGUUUAUUGUACGUGUUGAGGUGAGAAGAUGUCCAGAGCUAUCUGCACCUAUGCACGGUUUCCUCACCUGCUCCUCUGAUAGAAACAACUAUGGUGCAACAUGUGAAUACCACUGCGAUGGAGGAUAUGAACUGAAGGGCACAGCUAGUCGUGUCUGCCAGUUUAGCCGCAACUGGGGCGGAGAGGCUGCUGAGUGUGUUCCGAUGGAGAUAAAAACAGAUGUAAAGACAACCGCUGCUCUCCUGGAUCAGUUCUAUGACAAGAGGAGGCUGCUGAUCAUGUCUGCGCCCAACAUAUCUGACCCAGACUACCAACUGCAGAACAUCAUGAUACAAAAAUCAGACUGCGGAUUAGACCUGCGACAUGUAACCGUGAUCGAGCUCCUGGGCUCCCAGCCUCGUGAAACAGGUCGCAUUAAAGAAAGUCUGCUCGCUCCUGAAGUCAUCGAGGGUUUGAGACAAGUGUUCAGAAUCUCCAGAUUCUACUUCAGCAUGGUGCUGCUGGAUAAGCUCGGGAUGGACAGAGAGCGCUUCAUUACCCCGAUGGCGUCGGAUGAGCUUUUCUCCUACAUCGAUAGCUUUCUGCUGGAUGAAGAGGAACGAGAGAGGCUGGAACUCCACAGAGACUUCUGUGACUAAUUUAAUAAAAACCUCUCUGGUUGCUACAGUGAUCAACUCAUCAGUAUUACUAACACAAGAUGAGGAAGGACAACCAACCAGAAGCCAGGUCCACAGGGACAUUAGGAGGGAAAAGAUGGCAGGAGGCAGUUCUCCUCAUGUACAAAUGUGAUCACUAAACAACACUGAAGUGCUGGCACUGUUUUCUCUACAUUAAAUCAUUUGAAAGGCACAGAGGCCAGAAAACAGACAAGAAAAUACAGCAGAGAAGAUUGAGUGAAAUACAUUAGUAAACAAAUAAAGACAUUUUAUUAUACGUAAUAUUGAGUUGGAUGCAUAAUCUUUUGUCAAGUAGCCUGCUAGUAAAUCAGAUAUUUAAUGAGAACUCAAACAGACAACUACUUGUUUCUACUAGAGACUACUGAGGAACACUCAGUAGUUAUAGAGUUAAGUUAAAAAUCUACAUUUAUAUCUGAAAAUAGACAUUUAAUUAUUUCAAAUAAGGCUUAUUACACAACUUAUAUAAAUAUAAUUUUUACAUGAUAGUAUUUAUUUAAAAUAUAAUAUUAGAUUAAAAUAAGUACAAUUUGUUGGAUGCAACACCAGAAAUUUUGUAUAAUUGUAUGUAUAAAUGAUAACAGUAAAAUGAAUUGUUUUCCCACAUCAUCUUAAUUCUGUAUACAGUUAUAAAGAAAAAGGUGACACAU